CUGAGGUACCUGACAGAGUACACUACACUACUACUACUACUACGACUGCUACUACGUACCGCACAACUCAGCAUCUCCCAUCAACACGCAAGCCUGGAAUCCACACAUCCCUGCUGUGGUUGACAUUGCUGCUGGUCAUAAAGGGAUUCCCGCGUGGCACCUACGUUUUGGCUUGUGACAAGCAGCCACUCACUUCCUCGUCUGCCACAUUUUCCAUUCUGUCAGAGGUGUCUGAGGUAUCAGUCAGUCUGUCACUCUGUCCUCGUCCCUCGCUCGCGCCGGCUAGCCUCCGCUCCGGCUCCAAAAACCAUUCGACUGAAUCGUCUGCCGUCUGCCGCGGAUCUUUCUGCGGCUACCUUUUUUCGUGCGUGCCACCACUGCGUCUGCACUGCAACUAUUUUAACACCACCCAACCACUCACACACCACACCACACGUUUACCCUUUUCAAGAAUUGGUCAUGUCGGCCGCAUUGCGAGCGUUGGAGGCUAGGUCUGCCACGGCAAGGACUUCUUUGAGACAUCUGACCUUUAAUCGCCCUCGUCCGAUCUUUGCAGCCAUGGCUCCCGCAGCAAAGCGGAACAACAGUUCCCUCCCUUCAGGAUAUGUCGAGGACAAGUCCAAGGGUGCCAUGUUGAGAUUCCAAGACUCUCUGCCCCGUCUACCCGUACCGAGUCUCGAAGAGACAGCCGCGCGCUACAUCAAGACCCUGCACCCCCUUCUCUCUGAGUCCGAGUUCGCCGUCAGCAAAAAAGCCGUCGAGGACUUCGUCAAGCCCGGAGGUGUCGGCAGCAAGCUCCAGGAGAAGCUGCUCGCCCGUAGAGAAGAUCCCGCGCACCGAAACUGGCUGUACGAGUGGUGGAACGAUGCGGCAUACCUCAGCUACAGAGAUCCCGUCGUUCCCUACGUGAGCUACUUCUACUCUCACCGUGACGACCGUCGGAGGAGGAACCCUGCCAAGAGAGCCGCGGCCAUUACCUCGGCUGUCCUCGAGUUCAAGAAGCAGGUCGACGACGGCACACUCGAGCCCGAAUACAUGAAGAGACUGCCCAUCUGCAUGGACAGCUACAAGUGGAUGUUCAACACGAGCCGUGUCGCCGCAAAGCCCGCCGACUACCCGGCCAAGUUCUCUCACAAGGACCAUAAGUACAUUAUUGCUAUCCGCAAAAACCAAAUCUUCAAGAUUCUGCACGAGGUGGACGGCAAGCAGCUCAAUGCGUCAGAACUCGAGCAGCAGUUCAACAAGGUGUACGAGUUGGCUCAGAGAGUCCCCCCCGUGGGCGCUCUGACCAGCGAGAACCGCGACGUUUGGUCAGAUGCGCGCGAGAUCCUUCUCAAGGCCAGCCCCAAGAACGCCGCCUCUUUGGAGGCCGUUGAAGCAUCCUCCUUCGUCGUGUGCCUUGACGACGCUGCUCCCGUCACUCUCGAGGAGCGCGCGCACCAGUACUGGCACGGCGACGGCGCCAACCGCUGGUACGACAAGCCCCUCCAGUUCAUCGUCAACGACAACGCUACGUCGGGAUUCAUGGGAGAGCACUCCAUGAUGGAUGGAACCCCCACUCACCGUCUCAACGACUUCAUUAACGACCUCAUCUUUAACAACAAGCUCGACCUCUCUGACCCCUCGAUUCGUUCCAACCUGCCUGAGCCCCAGAUUGUUAAGUUCGAGAUCACCAAGGAAGUACAGGCCGAGAUUGACCGCGCCAGAAAGGACUUCCACGAUGUCAUUAGCCAGCACGAGCUCGCCGUCCAGGCGUACCAGGGUUACGGCAAGGGAUUGAUCAAGAAGUUCAAGUGCUCGCCCGACGCCUACGUUCAGAUGAUCAUUCAAUUAGCAUACCACAAGAUGUACGGCAAGAACCGCCCUACAUACGAGUCGGCCGCCACUCGCCGCUUCCAGCAAGGCCGUACCGAAACGUGCAGAACCGUGUCAGACGCCUCCGUCUCAUGGUGCAACGCCAUGGCCGACCCUAACAUUGAGGACAAGGCCAAGGUCGACCUAUUCCGCCAGGCCAUUGACUCCCACCUCGAGUACAUCACUGCCGCCUCAGACGGCAAGGGUGUCGACAGACACUUGUUCGGUCUGAAGAAGCUGCUCGAGCCCGGCCAAGAGCUGCCUGCCAUCUACCAGGACCCGGCCUUCUCCUACUCUUCCUCGUGGUACCUGUCCUCAUCACAGCUUAGCUCAGAGUACUUCAACGGAUACGGGUGGAGUCAGGUCAUCGACGGCGGGUUCGGAAUUGCCUACAUGAUCAACGAGAACAGCAUCAACUUCAACGUCGUCUCCAAGGGCUUGGGCAGCCAGCGUAUGAGCUUCUUCCUCAACGAGGCUGCCGGCGAGAUGCGCGACCUGCUCAUCCCCACCAUUAAGCCCGCCAAGGCCAAGCUGUAAGCGGUGUUAGAAAUCAUUUGUAAGAGAGGGCAUGAAGGAGGAAAUGCCGUUUGCAAUACGGGCGAGAGAAGAGAAACUCGACUAGCGUCCCAAGGAUGCUCCAUCAGUUAGUUGUGAGAGGUAGAAGCGUCUCUGGCAAACCUGAUAGACGUGACCGGUGGUGUCGGCACCACCGCGAUCAUAUUGAAAAUUUCCCCCUUCGUAGUCUUUCUCAUUUCUCUGGGCCUAUGUACACUACAAAUCCAC